AUGAAUAUAACGAAUAAUAACAAUAGUUCUCAUACACCAAUACUUUUUGAUCAACAAUUAAGAUUAGUUGAACAAAUCGUUUUAACAACUAUGUUUAUCUCAGCAUUAAUUGGUAAUAUUCUAGUAUUAAUUGUUAUGUUAACAAAAAGAAAUCGACGAACAACACGAAUGGCUUUUUUUAUACUUCAUUUAACAAUAGCUGAUUUACUUGUUGCCAUUUUCAGUGUUCUACCGAUGUUUAUAUGGAAAACGAUGCCAACAUUUUUCGACGGUGAUAUCAUAUGUCGACUUGUGACGUUUCUUAUGUUAUUCUCAACAUAUAUUUCUGUUUAUACUCUUGUUGUCAUGACGAUUGAUCGUUAUCAAGCAAUUGUUCAUCCAUUAUCAACAUAUACUUGGACAUCACAUACAGGUCUUUUCUAUAUGAUUGCUGUAUGGUGUUUAAGUAUUAUUCUUGCAUUACCACAAUUAUUUAUAUUUCGUUCUGAAUACGAUCCAAUAAAUAAAAUUAAAGGAUGUCGAGCUAAAUUUCUUGGAACAGAUAAAACAUGGGAAUUAGCUUAUAUUGUAUGGACAAUAGUUGUUCAAUUCUUUUUGCCUAUAUGUGUAUUAUUAUAUUGCUAUGGUUCAGUUUAUUUAAUUGUAAAUCGAAAUUUUUCAAUGUAUCGUUUAUCUGAUAAUGCUCGAACAAUGAGUAUGGCAAAUUUACCUGCAAUUAAUAUACCAAAAAAUUUAAGUAAUUUAUCAUCAUCAAUAAUUACAUUAGAUCGAAAUUUAAAAUCAAUUCGUAAAAAUCAUAUACAUAUUCAUUAUCCAUCUGUUGAAUGUUCAAGUGUAUCAACUGUGAUAUUUAAUAAACGACCUCCUCCAUCAGUUAUGUAUCCAGUUGUAUUUCGUUUACGACGUUCAUCAAUUGAAGUACCACCAUCACCACAUUAUAGUUCAAUUAGUUUAGAUAGACCAAAAGUUCAACCACGUUAUGGUGCAAGUCAUUUUUUAUCGCGAGCACGUCUUAAAACAAUUAAAUUAACAUUUAUUGUUGUUCUUGCUUAUAUACUUUGUUCAACACCAUUUUAUAUAGGAUCGAUUGUAAUGGCUGUAAAUGGAAAAUUUUUAUCACAGAAAACAAUGAACUGGUUGAUGACUAUUUUUAGUCUUUUAUUGAAUUUAAAUAGUUGUUCAAAUCCGAUUAUAUGUUUGACAUUAAGUAGUACAUUAUUUCGACGUAAACGUGAUCAUAAAGAACCAUUAGUUGUAUCAAAAAAAAGUCAAACAAAUAAUGAAAAAAAUUAUUAUUAUUCUCCUUACAAUGAUACCGAAGAAGAUAUUCCACUUCGAGAACUCUACAUUAAACAAUUAGAUUAUCUGGCAGAUAGAUUUAAUUUAUUAAUUGAACGUCAAUUACACAGCCUUUUAAAACAAAAACUAAUUGAUGAAAUAAAAAAUAAUUUAUUAUUAUUAAUUCAUGAUAAAUAUAUAACAACAGAACAAUUACACGAUUUUAAUCAAACAUUUAACUUCUUAAAUCAAAAAUGUAAAUUAUUUUUAACUAAAAAUCAAUCUAUUAAACAAACAAAACAAUUUCUUUUACAUUCAUCUAUACUAUCCGGAAAUAAGUUUUUCCAUUUAUUAAUACAAGAUGAUGAAAGUAUUUAUAUUGUUGAUAAAAAUUUAAAUAUAAUUAAAUAUAUUGAAUGGAAAUUAAACUCAUUAUCGAAAAUAAUUGAUAGUUGUUGGUCAACAACAUUAAAUUCUUUUCUUAUUCUAACAUCUUCAAAUUUAUAUACAGUUAAUAAAGAUACAUAUCAAUUACAUGAUAUUUGUAAACAAGAUUCGUAUUGUGCUUGCACUAGUAAUCAAUCGUAUUUAUAUUUAACAACAGGAAAAGUGAUUGAAAUAUAUCAUAUAUUUGAUUUAAAAUAUAUUUCGUCUUGGAAAUUACAUGAAGAUAAUGAAAAAAUAAUUGAGAAACUACAUUGUUUAUAUGAUGAAGAAAUUAUUGCUGUUUUGACAUGUAAAACAAAUUUUCAUACUAAACAAAAAGAAAAAGUCAUUUAUUUUUUUCAUUCUCAAACUAUGCAAUAUUUACAUUAUUUAUCAAUAUCAUCGAUUCAGUUUGAUUGUUUAUGGAUAUUUACCGGAUAUUCAAUAUUUAAUAAAUGGAAUAUUAGAAUGAAUCUAAUGAAAAAGAAAAGAAUUAUGAUGAAAAUUGAAUGUUUAAAAAAUAGUGAUGAAGUAAAUUUCUUUGUUGAUAGAUCAAUGUCAAAUGAUAUUACUGAUGCAGUAUUAUUAAAUCAUGAUAUAAUAGUAAUACAAACCGAUGAUGAUAAAUUUUACAUUUGUAAUAUGACAAACUAUCAAAAUUAA